AUGCAUAAAUAUCUCAUAGCGGUCAUUGCAUUCCAUGCAUUCUAUGCAUACUCGGCUACCAAAGUCGACGUCGCCAUCAUCGGCGGAGGGCUGUCCGGUCUUUCUACAGCCAAAUAUCUAGCAGCAGCGGGCAAAUCCUUUGCUAUAUUGGAAGCACGAGAUCGGGUCGGUGGCCGUGUAUUGAACGCUAAUCUUCCCGGUGGACAUGCAGAAGAGCUUGGCGCCGAAUACGUCGGCCCAACACAAGACCACGUACUAGCCCUCGCAAAAGAGCUUUCUCUGUCAACCUACAAGGCAUAUACAGCUGGGAACUCAACAUUCUACCGAAAUGGGAGCUUGAUCCACUAUCAAGAUACUCUUGGUGGUAUCCCUCCCGUGGAUAUUGCAUCACUCAUUGAACUUGCGACUUUCAUGAAUGAUAUAAAUGAAAUGGCGAGUAAAAUAGAUCUCAACGCGCCGUGGAAUACCCCAGACGCCGAAUCUUUGGAUUCAGUAACCCUUGAAACAUGGGUCAACACUCGACUUUCUACGGCGGAUGCACGGAUUCUAAUCAACAAUGCCAUUCCAGCGAUUCUGUCAACCGAGAUGAAAGAGCCCUCUCUGCUCUUUGCACUUUGGUACAUAGCCGCCGCAGGAAAUGAAACUGGACCCGGAACUAUCAACCGACUCAUCGGCGUCACUGACGCUGCACAAGAUAGUCGAAUCAAUGGAGGUUCCCAGUUACUCGCAAUACGACUGGCUGCGAAACUUGGAUGGAAAAAUAUCUACCUGAAAGCACCCGUACGAAAGGUAAAACUGGAGAAUGGCCGAUACACAGUUGCCUCAGACUCAGUGACAGUCUCCGCAAAACACGUCGUUGUCGCCAUGUCUCCACCCUUGGCUGGCCGUAUCUCCUUCGAUCCUCUACUCCCAGCGGGACGAGACCAGCUUCAGCAACGCAUGCCCAUGGGAUCAAUCGGGAAAGCAAUUGCGAUUUUUAAAGAACCAUGGUGGCGCGGCGAAGGUCUGAACGGAGCAGGCUUGAGUGACAAAGGCGCGAUUCGUGUAGCAUACGACAAUUCCCCAUCUGAUGGGUCUUUUGGCGCGCUCAUGGGAUUCAUCGAGGCAGAUGAAAUGCGCAGGUUGGAUAGUGUCAGUCUAGAUGAAGUGAAGCAAGCGGUAGUGCAGAGCUUUACGGAUAUCUAUGGGCCUCGCGUCGAAGAGGCGACCGAAGUUCUUGUCCAACGCUGGGAUCUGGAGGAGUUCUCUCGGGGUGGUCCUGUUGCUUAUGGGCCACCUGGUCUUUUAACUCAGUAUGGGCCUUACUUGCGUGCUCCUGUUGGCAAGAUUCAUUUUGCUGGGACGGAGACGGCGCUUCGUUGGCCCGGGUAUAUGGAUGGGGCUAUUAGUUCGGGUGAAAGGGCUGCUGCUGAGAUCUUGAAAGACUUCUAG